CCGGGCGUGCGGUCGGUCUUCUGGUCCUCGCUGGCAACUGGCACGGCAUCGGAGACGGCGGAGUAUUUGGCAGGCCAUCUCGGCCGGGUCAUUGAUGAAGUUGAGCGUGAAACCAAUGCCACUGUGGCAGGUGUGCUGGCCGACAACGCCAGUAAUAUGGACGCUGCGUGGAAGCUGCUGGAGCGGUCUCGGCCUAUAUUCGGAGGUGGCUGUGCUGCUCACAUGCUGAAUCUAUUGAUUCAAGACAUGUGUAAGCACGAUUUCUUCAAGAGCGUUCAGACCAAGGCGCUUGCAAUUACGUCCUACGUUCGAGACCAUCACGCUUUACUCAGCCAGUUUACGAUCAUGUUUGUACCUGUUGCCACGCGGUGGUACUCUCUUCACGCGUGCUUGGUGCGGGUUUUGGACAACAGGAACGUGCUCAAGAAGUUGUUUACCGAGUCGCAGUUUGAAGAAUUGGUUAACAACUCAGCUUCGAGCAAGAAGGCGAAGGGGAAACUCAGCCAAGUCAAGCAAUAUAUUCGUGAAGCAUCAUUCUGGAGAAAAUUGGAGCAAUGGCUUCUGAAUCACCAUGUCUAUGGUACUGAAGACGAGCAGUCAGAUCUUCAAGCGGCAAUCCAGGCACUCAUUCAAGAUCGAUGGGAGCACGUUCAUACCGACGCUACUGACCUGGCAUUCCUCUUAGACCCCCACACCGAUCCGGACAACUUUGUCGGUACCGACGAAAAGGAUACCUAUAGACAAGGCUGCGACUUCGCUGAACGGAGCGGCUUGUUGGAGGAGUUGGGCGUCACGAGAGCAGUGUUCAACGGCGCGCUGAACGAUUUUGCUACCUUGAAGCGACGAUGGUCCCCUGCUGACAAGAGAUACAACGAAGGAGUAGCGCCUAUCACGUGGUGGUGGAACAACAAGAAGGGUCAUCCGCUGUUGUGGGAGCUUGCCAGACGCGUAUUCGCAAUCCCGUCUUCGUCGGCCGCAAGCGAGCGCGCCUGGAGCAUCAUGGACUUUAUACACUCAAAGAAACGCAACAGAUUGACAACCGAUAAGGUCGACAUGCUCGCGUUCAUCUACGUCAACCACAACGCGGUCUCGAGCGAGCCCACGGACUGGGCAAGGCUGCACUCGUACCCGGAAUGCCCCGAUGCUCUUGAGCGUGAAAAUGCCGGAACCGUGAGGGCGGCCUGAGCUGCAUGAGCUGCAUGCCAGCACCAUGAAUGC